UUCAUUCUGUCCGCGCAGCGACGCUCUCAUCGGAGUUAACGGAGUCAUGAAACGGGCUGCAACUUAAACCGGCUUUCCAGCGGCUUCACUCACAAAUGGACAAGCUUUUUCUUCUCUACAGAACUUUCACAUGUGUCGGGGCUCUAUUUGUCUUGGAGAAAACAGAGGUGUGAAACAACUUGUUGAGGAUUGAUUGAUCCCUUUUUUUCCCUACCGUGCGAUCAGCUCAGUAUAAUGCUGGAAGCAUCUUUCCUCGGUGUAAAGGGGUUUGAGGCGCUGUAGGACUGUUUUCUCUGCUUCUUGUGAUUUUAUUUUAGUUUUUUCUUUUUCUUUUUUCUUGGAGGAAGAUGAGAGUUGACUAACCUCGUGGAAAACGGUUCCCUGGAAACGUCUCAACUCCUAAAGUUAACCGACAAGCUCCGAAGAAUGAAGACUUCUUGUGGAAUCUGCCAUUUCAAUAGCUUUGUUGUAUUUAUGUGAAAACAGAAAUGAUUUCUGAAGAAAGAAGCAGCCACGUAAAUAAACAAACCCUAACCUUCCCAGUGGGUUUACUCAUCCGCUCUCCGAAGAGGCGCCUGGCCAAACUGGGGAGGAAACCCAGCAAUGGAUCUCUGCAAUCCAGCAAGUCCGACACUACUGUCCGCUCCAACGACAGUGCGGGUGUCCGGCAGCCGGCCAAGAGCAAAAUCCGCCGCCACAACAACAACAGGCUUUCCACGGUGUUCAACCACAGCCCCAACCUGCGGGACGGCAGCCGUCGCAACCAGAUGGGGGGCAGUGGGAGCCUGGCCGGAGAUCUCCAGGCCGCAGACGACCCAGCAGAGCUGUCUAGCCAAGUUUCUGUACCCGGCAUCCUGAAGAUCUUCGGCAGCGACAUCUGUCAUGGGACCCACUACAAGAGCGUGUUAGCCACCACUCAGUCCAGUGCAAAAGAACUGGUGAAAGAAGCUUUAGAGAGGUACUGCCUGGAGAAAGAAGACGCCAACGACUAUGUGCUGUGUGAUGUGAUCGGUCAGACAGGUGCUGAUAACGAGUGGAAGAGGGAGUGCUUCAGAGUCGUGGGCAACAACGAGCGGCCCCUCGUGCUGCAGUCGCUCUGGAAACCCAAGGAGGGUUUCUCCAGAAGAUUUGAAAUCCAGCUCCGAGCAAGCGUGGAAGAGCAGUGUAUGAAGGACAGAGACACAGUCACUGCAGGCGUCAAUGCUCAGGCUCGUAAACUGCAGAAGAGCCGCUCCAGAGUGACCUCCCUGUUUGUUGGCGGCAGUGGGGAGGACGUAGAUGGACUCGGGUUCUGGAGGAGUUUAAGUGAGAUGGAUCUGUCCGCCAUGGGCAAGGAGGCCAGCCGGGCCCAGCAGAGCCUGCUCCGAGAGGAUCCGGAAGCAGAGGCAGACAAGGAGGUGCUGCGACUUGGACAGGAGAAGGAGGAGACCGAGAGCAGCGAUGACAACACCACCCAGUACUCCAUCCACCCACCCUUUGACUUUCCCUAUUUCCUCCUCCUGCAGGGCUACAACCACAGACAGGAUUUUGUUAUCUACCUGAUGAGCGGGACCACCACUAUCUUUGGCUGCUGCAGGGAGCACAGUAACGGAGAAGAUGAAGAGAGGUUAAAGGUGGACAUCCUUCUUUUCGCUCCUGAUGUAUUGCCACAGCACUGCUGUGUCAGGCGCCUGGACUCAAACAUUCAAACAUCUUUAGGGGAGCAGAAAAAGACAUUGACGAUGCUGAAACCUCUCCAUGGUGCUCCUGUCACCCGAAAUGGCUUCCUUCUGAAAGAGGAAGUAGAACUGAAUCCAGGAGACUUGGUUGGUCUGGGAAAACACUAUUUGUUCAUGUUUAAGGAUCCCACGAGCCUAUCAGGAUCCCUCCACACCCCUCCUUGGAUGACCAGACUCUGCCCAAACUCGGACUCAAAGACUUCGUCUUCUUGUUUAUCCUGUGGCUCCUCUGUUGCCAUGAAAAAGCUCCAAAGAAGGCCAUUACCUCCACGUUGGAGAGACCUGGAGGGCACAGAGGCUUUACUGAGCUACGAGCUGGAGCAGGAGGAAAGAGUCCUGCAGGAGAUUCUGGACAUGGUGGAUCCCAGCAGGAGUGAACCAAAGUUGACUUCUGCUUUCCUGUUGAGCCUUUGCAUCCAGCAUUCAGCCUCUACAUUUGAACUGACACAUUUCCGACAGCUGCUGCUGCGAAUAGCCAGUCAAAUCCAGCUCAUCACUUGGGAGAAGACAAAGGAACUUGCAGCGAUCCAGCCACAAACGAGCUCCAGUGAGCGGCAGCCGGAGGAGCUUCAGCUGCUCAGCAUGGACGAGCUGAUCCCAGGUCUGCAGCCGCUGGUGCUGUGGAUGGCCAACUCCAUCGAACUGUUGCACUUCAUCCAGCAUGAGGUUCCUCAGCUGCUGCCCUGGAGGCAGGACCAGGAGGAUGAAGGUCUGCUGGACUUUGAGAUGUCGUCCACUCGGACAGCCUGUGAGGAAGCCAUGACAGUCCUGGAGGAAGUCAUCAUGUUUACCUUCCAGCAGUCUGUCUACUAUCUAACAAAGAGCAUGUAUUCAGCCUUGUCUGGCCUGCUGGACGGGAACCCGUUCUCCGAGAGCGGUCAGCUGCGAGUGCCUGAUGGGCUCAGCGGCAUCCUGGAGGUUUUGAAGGAGGCGCUGAAGCUUCUCACAGCCUUCCAGGUGCAUCCAGACAUCUCGUUACAACUCUGCGCCUACUUGUUCUUCUUCAUUAACGCAUCACUGUUCAACGCCCUCAUGGAGCGAGGGUCCGUUGCCGGCUUCUAUCAGUGGUCACGUGGUGUGCAGAUCCGGGCCAACCUGGACCUUCUGAUCGACUGGAUCCAGAGCAUCGGCCUGAGCGAUCUGGCCACUGAAUUCUUCCAGAAACUCUCUGCUGCUGUCAAUCUGCUGGCCACACCCAAGGAAACCCUGCUGCAGGCCUCCUGGACUUCUCUCAGGGCUGAGUUUGCUGCUCUGAAACCGGCCCAGCUUCACCACAUGCUCAGGGAGUACGGCGCUGGAAAGCCGUGUCCGAGCGGAUGGAGCCCAUCGCCAGAUGAGGCUGAGGCUGCGUUCAGGACCGCAGACAUUCUGGAGAGCUUCGACAACCACCCACCUCUCAUCCUGCCCAGCAGCACGUUUCACCUGGAGCUCGGUAAACCCAUUGUAGAGCCGGCUCUUUUUGAGCAGGUCGCCAAUCUGCAGGAGUUCAUCGGCCAGCUCCCCCACAGUGAAGCUGAAAGUGGUGUGGAGGAACAGGCUCCUAAUGGGACAAGCUCAGACAUCGAGUCUGCGACCUCACCCUCGGUGAGAGUCUUCCAGGAUCCUGCCCAUCAGGUGGUCUCUGAACCCUGUACCUUUCCUGAGGCAGAGCCUGAAUGUACGUCCCCUCCAGAACCAGCCCAGCCCCGAGGAUCUCACGGUGACCUGAGCAGCUGUGAGGCAGUUCUUACUCAGAAGCUGAAGAGCCUGGAGCUGCAGAACACCCUCCCUGGGCAGGCUGAUAUGGGCUACCACAAGAGCAUGGCGCUGGACCCCUCAUGCCUGCUUACCCCACCCAACACGCCACAGGGUAUGGAGCUGGCUGAACUGGAAGCUGAUCUGCAAGAAGGUGCCCGUCUGCUAAAGAAAGCUGCAGGAAGCUCUGAGAGGAAGACGGGAAACGUGGAGGCAGAAGAAGACAGAGAGGAAGUGUUCACCGUGGAGAUCCACCGAGGACCUCAUGGUCUUGGACUGGCACUCGUAGACGGAACGAAAACGCCGCUGAGAAUGAGCGGUAUUUAUGUGAAGUCAGUGGUUCCCGACUCCCCGGCUGCUCAGUGUGAGAAACUAAGGACCGGCGAUCGUAUCCUGGCCGUGAACGGCGUCAGCCUGGUUGGGAUGGAAUAUAAUGUUGGGAGAGAGCUGAUUAGAUCAUCGGGAGACUCUCUCAGGCUGCUGGUCGCCAAAAUGGACUCAAAAUCAAGCAGCAAAACUUCAACAACAACUAAAUGCUAAAUAAUAAAAAAAAACGCCAAUGGAUGAUCAAGUGAAACUGGGAAUACUGGAGGACGUGAGAUUCAUCCUUCCUGCAGCAUCCAGUGUCAUUAUUUCUCAAAGGAUGGAUUCUCCUUCCAAAGGAAACGUAUCCUGCUCUGUACUUCCAGCUGAUGGUGGACCUGCGCUGUGUUCCUGUGUGCAAAGAGCACUGCAACGAUCAACCAAAGUCACCGUGAUCUCACACUACAGCCAGGCUGUGGGCCUUUCUCUGGCAGACUGAGGACUUUUUCAGGAACCAGAACCAGCUUCUUGCUGGCCUUGCAAACAAACUCCACUCCAUACUCGUGAGCCAUGAGAGGAAAACAGGCAUUUGUUGGGAUUUCAGACUUUUCUAAACCAAAGGGCUUCAACAAGCUGCUACAGGAUCGCUCAUGCCUGGCUUUAACUGGAAUUAUUUUUGAAAUGUAUUUUUAAUUGUGUCUACUUAAAAAAAGAAUAACUGUGAAACUGUAUAUUUCUACAUUAUCCUGUCAUUUAGUCAGUUCAGUCAGGACAGAGUGUAAAGUUAGAAAACAUAUUUCUGCCAAGUGGACUUUGAGAUGGUAUUAUUUAGUCUUAUUUAAAUAUAAUCAAGACUAGUUGGAGUUUCUGCAACAAAAAGAGGAAAACUUCAGGAUUCAGGUGUUGUAGCAGGUGGCCUUUGUUAUUGGGGUUCACAGUUUAAAAUGUUCAGUUAUUUUAUUGCAGGAAGGACUUCUGUCCUCCGAGGUCACAGGGCUGCUUUUAUGUUCCUGUGGCCUCAGUGUCUUAAUUU